UUGAGACUAGGAGAGGCGGUGCUGACUCGGUCACAAGCCCAGGGGCUGUCCGAGGGAGGGGCUAGGACGGGUGGGACCGCAGAGCCCGAACUGGAGCAAUCUUUCCAGAGAAGGGGUGGGGCUUACAGGGAGAGGCAAGGGUAGUCCGGGGCAAGUCCAGGGUUGGGGAAAGAGGGAUGGAGAGUGGGAAAGGGGGUGUUCAGUGCUGGGGCUCUCCCUAGAAGUCUCGAUUGUGAGGAGGGGCUAGAGAGGAAUCAGAGCGGUGGGAGAAGUAGGAGGAAUCAGGGCCUGGGCUGAGAAGGACUAGGAGACUAUGAAAGGGAGUAGGCGCGGGUCUUCCUCCCGGAGGGCGCCUUGCCUUCAAGACCGACUGCAGAAGGAGCGGAGCUCGCUUGAGCCGGGCUCAGGCCGGCCAGAGUCGAGUCCCCGGCAAUUCAGAAACGAGCGGCAUCAGCCUAGAGGAAGGCAGGGAAGAGCUCUAGAACAGGGUUAAAAGCCGAGAGGCUCUAGGGGAGGAGCCAGCGACCAUUUACCCUUCUCAUUGGCUGGACCUUCUUGGCCACGCCCCAUAAUUCCCUGACCCCGCCUUGUCUUUACCUUAGACCCCUCCUCUUCCCCUGAAACUGGGUCGCAAUCCCGCCCUCUUUCCUAGUACUUCCUGUUCCCGGUUAACCCUGGCGGGGGGUCGGGCGCUGAAGAGUGACAGUGGCCUGAGUGACCCAGGAAGGUUGCGCGGAGUGGGUCUGGCCGCGAAGCUAAAUACCAGGCAGGAGCGGCGCCGCUCAGGCCGCGCACAGCCUGUGCGGUGUCCCGGUGGGCCGCGGGACUGGGGCUGACUCCUGUCUCGGGAUGCCGGUGGAGGAGGAGAAGCGGGCCUUCCUGGAGGCCCGCGAGGAGCUGGCGAGCGCCCUAAGGAGGGAUUCCGGGCAGACGUUUUCCGUGGAGCAGCUCCGGCCACUGCUGGUCACUUCUCUGCCUCCAGCCUCCCGCUACCUGCAGCUGGACGCCGCACGACUGGUCCGCUGUAACGCUCACGGGGAGACCCGAAACUACCUCAACACCCUGUCCACGGCCUUGAACAUCCUGGAGAAAUAUGGCCGCAACCUCCUCAGCCCUCAGAGGCCCCGGUACUGGCGCGGGGUCAAGUUUAAUAACCCGGUCUUUCGAACUACGGUGGAUGCUGUGCAGGGGGGCCGGGAUGUUCUGCGAUUGUAUGGCUACACAGAGGAGCAGCCUGAUGGGUUGAGCUUCCCUGAGGAGCAAGAGGAUCCAGAUGCAUACCAAGUUGCUACAGUCACACUGGAAGUACUGUUACUUCGGACAGAGCUCACCCUACUGUUACAGAAUACCCACCCAAGACAGCAAGCACUGGAGCAGCUGCUGAAAGACAAGGUUGAAGAUGAUGCGAUAAAGAUGCUCCAGCUCUCAGAGUUUGCCCCCGUACUGAAAGAGAUUGCUCCUGGCCCCCUCAUGACACCCUCUGCCCCAGGGUCCACUCCUGGUCCCUGCUUCUUCUGUGGUUCUGCCCCAGGCACACUGCACUGCUCAGCCUGUAAACAGGCCUUGUGUCCAGCUUGUGACCGCCUGUUCCAUGGGCACCCAUCCCGUGCCCAUCACCUCCGCCAGACCUUGCCCUGGGCCCCCCAGGCCACCCAUUUGACCCCCAGCUUACCUGUUUCAGCUCCACCACGGCCCCAGUCAACCUCCCUGCUGGCCUUGGAAGACAGCUCUCUUUCUUCUCCUGAUCCUGCAAGUGCCCGUCUGCCCUGGCACUGUACUGCCUGUGCCAUGUUAAAUGAAUCUUGGGCAGUGCUCUGUGUGGCCUGUGAUCGGCCCAGAGGCUGUAAGGGGUUGGGGCUGGGGAUCGAGGGUCCCCAAGGAGCUGGGGGCCUAGAACCUGAGCUUGCACGGGGUCGCUGGGCCUGCCAGAGCUGUACCUUUGAGAAUGAGGCAGCGGCUGUGCUGUGUGCCAUGUGUGAACGACCUCGGCUGGCUCAGCCUCCUAGCCUGGGGGUGGACUCUCGGGAUGCUGGCAUUUGCCUUCAGCCCCUUCAGCAGGGGGAUACUUUGCUCUCUUCUGCCCAGACUCCAGUCUGGCACUGUAUUCACUGUACCUUCUGCAACUCGGGCCCGGGCUGGGUAUGUGCUAUGUGCAACCGGACCAGCAGCCCCAUCCCAGUAAAGCACGCCCCCCGGCCCCAUGCCAGCUCUUCGGAAGAGCGACUCCCCGAUCCAGGGCCCCCACGAUGUCUCAGUGUCCCCCUGUCCAGUUCCUGUGGGGACCCUGAGAAGCAGCGCCAAGACAAGAUGCGGGAAGAAGGUCUUCAGCUAGUGAUCAAGAUCCGGGAAGGGGAAGCCGCAGGCGCCUGUCCAGAGGAGGUCUUCUCAGCUCUGCAGUACUCAGGCACCGAGGUGCCCUUGCAGUGGUUGCGGUCAGAGCUGCCCUACGUGCUGGAAAUGGUGGCUGAGCUAGCUGGACAGCAGGACCGGGGGCUGGGUGCCUUUUCCUGUCAAGAGGCCCGGAAAGCCUGGCUGGAUCGUCAUGGCAACCUUGAUGAAGCUGUGGAAGAGUGUGUAAGGGCCCGGCGGAGGAAGGUACCAGCUGUGCUGGAGGUGCAGGAACUCCGGUCCCUGGGCUUUGGGCCUGAGGAGGGGUCUCUUCAAGCACUGUUCCAACAUGGAGGUGAUGUGGCACGGGCCCUGACUGAGCUACAGCGCCAGCGCCUGGAGCCCUUCCAUCAGCGACUCUGGGACAGUGGCCCUGAGCCCACCCCUUCCUGGGAUGGGCCAGAUAAGCAGAGCCUGGUUAGACGGCUUUUGGCAGUCUAUGCACUCCCCAGCUGGGGCCGGGCAGAGCUGGCACUGUCGCUGCUGCAGGAGACACCCAGGAACUAUGAGUUGGGGGAUGUGGUGGAAGCUGUGAGGCAGAGCCAAGACCGGGCCUUCCUGCGCCGCUUGCUUGCCCAGGAGUGUGCCGUGUGCAGCUGGGUGCUGCCCCGCAACCGAAUGCAGGCUCUGACUUCCUGUGAGUGUACCAUCUGUCCUGACUGCUUCCGCCAGCACUUCACCAUUGCCUUGAAGGAGAAGCAUAUCACAGACAUGGUGUGCCCUGCCUGUGGUCGCCCUGACCUCACCGAUGACACACAGUUGCUCAGCUACUUCUCCACUCUUGAUAUCCAGCUUCGAGAGAGCCUAGAACCAGAUGCCUAUGCCCUGUUCCACAAGAAGCUAACUGAGGGUGUACUCAUGCGGGACCCCAAGUUCUUGUGGUGUGCCCAGUGCUCCUUUGGCUUCAUAUAUGAGCGUGAGCAGCUGGAAGCAACAUGUCCCCAGUGUCACCAGACCUUCUGUGUACGUUGUAAGCGCCAGUGGGAGGAGCAGCACCGAGGCCGGAGCUGCGAGGAUUUCCAAAACUGGAAACGUAACAACGACCCAGAAUACCAGGCUCAGGGCCUUGCAAUGUAUCUUCAGGAAAAUGGCAUUGACUGCCCCAAGUGCAAAUUCUCGUACGCACUGGCCCGAGGAGGCUGCAUGCACUUUCAUUGCACCCAGUGCCGCCACCAGUUCUGCAGUGGAUGCUAUAAUGCCUUUUACGCCAAGAAUAAAUGUCCAGACCCGAACUGCAGAGUGAAAAAGUCGCUACAUGGCCACCACCCCCGAGACUGCCUCUUCUACCUACGGGACUGGUCUGCCCUCCGGCUCCAGAAGCUGCUACAGGACAAUAACGUCAUGUUCAACACAGAGCCCCCAGCAGGGGCCCGGGCAGUCCCUGGAGGUGGCUGCCGAGUGAUGGAGCAGAAGGAGGUUCCCAAUGGGCUCCGGGAUGAAGCUUGUGGCAAGGAGACUCCAGCUGGCUAUGCGGGCCUCUGCCAGGCACACUACAAAGAGUAUCUUGUAAGCCUCAUCAAUGCUCACUCACUGGACCCAGCCACCCUGUAUGAGGUGGAGGAGCUGGAGACGGCUGCCGAGCGCUACCUGCAUGUGCGCCCCCAGCCGCUGGCUGGGGAGGAUGCCCCCGCCUACCACACCCGCUUGUUACAGAAGCUGAUGGAAGAGGUGCCUUUGGGACAGAGUAUCCCCCGCAGGAGGAAGUAGCUGAGGGCAAGGGUCCCAAUGAGGGUCUCAUGGCCUGACUCCUGCAAGAACAGCUCCAGCACCAAUAAAGAAGCAUCUCCUUG